AGGAGUGUGGAAAGAAGAAGAGCUUCUCGCUCGGGCAGGCAGGUUUUGGUAGCUGGGAGGCUUAGCGUAGCUUCGCUGGGCUGCGGCGGCGCUUUUGUGGAGAUUUAGAGCAAGAAAUGUCGGAUUUACAGUCGGCCACUGACUGGAGUCCUGCUUACUUCUUUGAUCAUGUGGGAGAGCGAGACGUAGCGCUCUUAUUUAUCUGAUGUCCAAGCUCUUGCACCAUCCUUGAUUGUAUCUGUUUACGCCGGGGAAGAAAUCAAUUAAGAACAGAGGUCAACCUGGUUUAAGAUCCGUGAUGAGUGAGAGUCAGCGUCGACACAAGCCUGAGUAGAGACACGAGCGUCUGUGUGCUGUUUAAUCAAGCAAGCGGGAGUGGGAUCCAACGCCAGAUAAACGACGUAUCGCUCUUAACUAUGUCUUACUAUAACCGAGAACUUGUGUUGUACUUCAUCAAGUACAAACUUUCUCAGAGAAACUACCCCUGCAACCACAUUGGGUUCACAGAAGAUGCUAAUCGACCUGCAGGAGGUCAGUCAGAGGAAGCGAACGCAGGUGGAGCAGCAGAACUAGAGACACCGACGGCUGUUGUUAAUGGUUCCAUAAAUGGGACUGGUUCAGCGGGGACACCUCCACGAUCGCCAACUUUGUCCCCUCAGAGGCAGGUGAACGGCGGGGCGAGCCUGGAAGCAGUAAAGGAGGCACUGCGCGACUCUGCUAACGAGUUCGAGCUGCGCUAUGCCCGCGCCUUUAGCGACCUGUCGUCACAGUUGCAUAUCACGCCAGUCACGGUGUACCAGAGCUUUGAGAGCGUCAUGGACGAGGUGUUCCGCGAUGGCGUCAACUGGGGGCGUAUUGUGGGCUUGUUCGCCUUCGGAGGUGCCCUCUGCGUCGAGUGUGUGGAAAAAGAAAUGAGUCCGCUGGUGGCACGUAUCGCAGAGUGGAUGACCGUCUACCUGGAUAACCACAUCCAGCCCUGGAUUGAAGAGCAAGGAGGAUGGGAGCGUUUUGCAGAGAUCUUCGGGAGCGAUGCUGCAGCAGAGAGCAGAAGGUCGCAAGAGAGCUUCAAGAAGUGGCUGCUGGCAGGGAUGACUCUGUUCACAGGGGUGGUGGUGGGAUCUUUAAUCGCCCAGAAGCGCCUGUAAAGACCCAGCAGCGGCCUCCGCCCAGCAUACACCUCAAAAUAUACAUGAAGAAACUUUUACUAUCAAAGUUAUUUUUGUUUUGUACUUUUUUUUUUUUUUUUUGCCAAGCAUAGUAAUGUUUACACCCUCCUCCUCUCGCGAUGCACUGUG